ACUAAGUGGUUUUCUUUAGACAAUAUUUGUAGUUUUUUUUAUUUUUUAAACCAAAGGCUAAUAUUAUUGUUGUAUUUGUAGAGUGUUGUAUUGGUUAAGGCUUUGGACCUAGGACGUUAUAGCCUACUGCUGACAUUGUGUGACUAUGAGCAAGUCACUUCACCUGGAAAAAUAAAAGAAAUGUAACCAAUUGUAAUGUUGUGGGUCAUAUUAUUAGGCUACUGGAGCUGCUUCCUCUUUGAUAGGCUGUAUAAAAUUGUUCAUGAGUAAAACAUCCCUGCCUUAGAUCAAUUCCUGCUUUUCCUGGUGUCUUCGUACUGGGAAUUUUGAAUUUAAAUGGGUAAUCAGUUAUGUUUCUUCUAAGCUGCGUGUUUGUGCGCCUUUUUUCUUGGAUGCUGUGCAGCACUUCUGAACUGCUUCACAACCUUGUUCACUCCCCCUUCCACAAACAAGUUUGGAAGAACUGUUUAUCUGUUACCACACUUUUCAACCUUUGAUAAAGCACCCAUGCUUUCUGAAACUCCCAAGGAUCAAAACCUUUCCACAGCCAAAAUAUCCAAACCAAUCAUGUGAGAGUGCUUGACGUUGCUUAAAACUUAACUUGCCUUGUGGCACUUGAUAGGUCACGCCGGGAGAAUGACAGAGCAGAAAAGAUAACCAAAAUAAGAGCUGGUACACAUCUAAGAGAACUGAUAGUCGACAACAAUAAACAGUGCUUGCUAACUAUUGAUCUUCAUAUCAUUCUUGAGCUUUGUCAGACUUUCACUUUCCAUUUCAUAGCAUGAUCACGUCUCUUUGUUUCCUGUCCAGGACACAACCCCAUCUUUAGUCGUCCGUCCACCCUGCUGGUAAGUGACGGAAAGGUGCAAAUGGAACUGUGUGAAAAAUGGAUCCAGUAACCAAUCCCUUUGUAAAUGUUUCAAGUAUGAACCAAAGCAGCCUGUACAAAUGUGACUUAAAUGAGAACUUUAAGUACAUUUUACUGCCAACCUGUUAUGGGAUUGUCUUUGUUAUUGGGCUGAUCCUUAAUGCUUUUGCCCUUUUCAUCUUCACCUUUCGCAUGAAACAAUGGACCUGCAGCACUAUUUACAUGUUUAAUCUGUCCAUCUCUGACACCUUGUAUGUCAUCAGCCUGCCAUUUCUCAUAUACUACUAUGCCAACGAAAAUAACUGGCCUUUUGGUGAUGCCAUGUGCAGAAUCAUUAGAUUCCUUUUUUAUAACAACCUCUACUGCAGUAUCCUCUUUCUUUCCUGCAUCAGCAUUCACCGUUUUUUGGGCAUCUGUUUUCCAAUACGAUCCUUGGAAUGGCUUAAUGUGCGCCGUGCCCGCAUAUGUUCUGUGCUCAUCUGGAUCAUUGUUGUGUCUUGCCAAGCUCCCAUCUUUUAUUUCUCCCAAACAUAUAACAACAACGGCAAUGUCCUCUGCUAUGACACAACACCCCCUCAAUUGUUUCCCCAGUUUCUGGUUUACAGCUCCAUAAUAUCUGUGAUGCUCUUCUGUUUGCCCAUCCUGACUGUCAUUGUCUGUUAUUGCCUAAUGACCAAGCAGCUUAUGCAGGCUAGUGCUGAAGGCACCGCCUCUUCCCGGAUUAAGAAAAAAUCAAUCAGGAUGAUUGUGAUUGUCCUACUUGUUUUCAUCCUCUGCUUUUUGCCUUUUCACAUCACUCGGACCAUUUAUUACAUCUUCAGGCAGCUCAAUGUGGAAUGCAACAUGCUGGCAGCUUCAAACAUUGCUUAUAAAGUGACCAGGCCUCUGGCCAGUGCUAACAGCUGUUUAGAUCCCAUUUUGUACUUUUUGUCAGGACAGAAUUUCCGCAAAGUGUUUGUCUCUGCCUCCAAAAAGAAAAACAAUACUUCAAAAUUAAGCUCCUGCAAUACUACUUUUUCCAAAGUGUGAGAGACUGUUUCAAGUGAAUGUAGCAAGAACAGCUUGAAGGACAUAAUAGAUAUAUACAGUACAAAAUAUGUGUUGUAUGUCCAUCCAUUUAUUUAUUUAUUUUAUCAGAAAAUAAAAUGUUGGUGUUAUCCAUUACCCAUUUGCAGGCUUCUAGAUUUUUUACAGAGCAGGAUUAAACCAAGACAGAAGACAUCCCUCACCCAUAUUGGGCCAG